AAUGCCUGCUUCGGAAAGUCUUUUCUCUUACCCGGAAAAAUACUUAAAGAUGUGGCGGCGUCUAGGCCGGCUCCCACCCUCUGGUCUGAGGCGGUGAGAGACGAUGUCGAAGACGUGGCGAGCUCGGCGCUCCAUGAAAUUAAACUCUGCUGUCAGGAAUUCGAGAAAGACGCCGAAAGAAGAAGGGGGGAGAGGAAGAGGAGGGCGGUGAGAAGAGAGCGGGAAGGUCUUGGCAACUGAGGAAACGGAGCGGCGGCCGAGCGACCCGCCCUCAAGUGGGAGCUGCGGCGUCCGUUGCGGUUGCUGCGCGUGGCGCCCUCAGAGUUCGAAAGGGGCGGAGCGGAGGCCAUUCGGGGCGCGAGCGCGGGCGACAUGAGCGCCAGAGAAGGAACAGGUGAGUUCCGAAAAAGAAAGCAUGACAAUUUCCCUCAUGGUCAUCGGAGAGAAGAAAAAGACAGCAUUAAUCCUCCUUCAGCUAUGACUAUGUCCUUCAAAGCAUUCCAGGUGGAACUUGAUACAAAACAUGAUAAAUAUGAGAGGCUUGUAAAACUUAGUCGUGAUAUAACUAUUGAAAGUAAAAGGGUCAUAUUCUUACUGCAUAGGAUUACCAGUGCUCCUAAUGGGGAGGAAAUAUUAAUGGAAUCUGAGACCAAAUUAGAUCUCGUGAGACAGAAGAUAAAACAAGUAGCGCAAGAAUUGAUGGGAGAAGAUAUGUAUCAGUUUCACAGAGCCAUCUCUCCAGGUCUUCAGGAAUAUGUGGAAGCUGUCUCAUUCCAGUAUUUUAUCAAAACUCGGUCAUUAGUUAGUAUAGAGGAGAUCAAUAGGCAACUGGUAUUUUCAGAAGAAGAUAAAGAGGAAGAAGCAAAGCCAUCUUCUGAUUGUCACAACAAGCAACAUAACACUUCAAGCCUGAAGGUGACUCCUGUAGAUUACCUCCUGGGAGUGGCUGAUUUGACUGGAGAGCUGAUGCGGAUGUGCAUUAACAGUGUUGGCAAUGGGGACAUAGAUACCCCAUUUGAGCUGAGCCAGUUCCUGCGCCAGAUCUAUGAUGGCUUUUCCUAUAUUGGCAACACUGGACCAUAUGAAGUUUCUAAAAAACUCUAUACGUUGAAACAGAGUUUGGCCAAAGUGGAAAAUGCCUGCUACACAUUAAAAGUCAGGGGGUCUGAGAUACCAAAGCAUAUGUUAGCUGAUGUGUUCUCCAGCAAAACUGAAAUAAUUGACCAAGAAGAUGGGCUUUCCUAAACUACUUAAAACCUUCAUGGCAAAAAAAUAAAAUAAAAUGAGAGGGGCACUGUAGAAUUGUAAGAAAGCAUUUCAUUACUUUGGAUUUGUUUAUUAGAAGUAUCUUUUUCUUUUUAAUUUUUUUAUGUUUUGGGUCAGAAGAAGAACCAGAAUAAUUUGUAUAAAAAAAAAAGUUCUUAGAUAGUAACUUUACAAGCCCACUAGUCUCAUUGGUCAGUGCGAAAUCUACUUUGUAAUGCUAUUUAUUCUCACAAAUGUCACUGUUAUAGUCUAAAUUUUAUUGUUAUGGACCAGGCCCUCCAGAUAUUUUGGCCUACAACUCCCAUGAUCCCUGGCUAACAGGACGAGUGGUUGGGGAAGAUGGGAAUUGUAGUCCAAAACAUCUGGAGGGCUGAAGUUUGGGGAUGCCUGUUAUAGACCCACUUCAAUCUCCAUUUGUAAUUGAGAGGUAUUGGGGAAGGGUCAUUGUGCUUACACUCAAUGUUGUAACAUUUUUUUCUUAUUUCUGUUUCGAGUUUCACUUCCUGAUUAGUGACAACUGAGAGAGAAAAAAGGUAUUAUAAUCAACAUGUCAAAUUCCAAGGGACUUAAAAGAAAUAGAAAACAUUUGAAUGAGAACUGUACCUUGGAGAAACUAAUUAACUAAGGUUAUACAAUGUUUUUGGGUCCUUACUCACCUCUUUAAACAUCCUGCCUUAAUGCUAGCUUUCUGUUGCUGAAACUGAUGCCAAGCAAAACAAGCCUUGAAAAGCUGUAAUAAUUUAUCAUGCUUGUUUGUAACAGAAGCAAGUUCUGACAGUUCUUAGUAAUAUUAAUACAUACACACUGUUAAUGUAAACUUCCAAUUUCAAUACCUUCUGUUCAGUUGUCAAUGCCAUGUUUUUAAAAAUGAAGUUUUCACUAGGCUAAUACUUUGCAAAUUACUACUUACGGUAUCUUUGCUAACUGUAUUGCUGAACAAUGAUGCUUAUUGACAGUUUGUCAUCUAACAUGCGUUGGUGCUUAUGACCAGCUAAUGAUUUUUAUUACCGGUACUGCUUCACAUAUUACCAAAUUACCAGGAUCAUAUAUGUGCAGGAAAUAGAGCAAUUUCCAUAUAUAGGUUGUAAUGCUUGUUCAUAUGUGAGGAAAUGGCUGUUGGCAGCAGCUUGUCAGUGUAUCUAUGCACAACAAUUUACACACACAUUCCUCAUCCCAUUAUUAUCUAUAUAGAAUAAUAAAGACAAAACGAAACUGAUAUGCUACCGGUAUGUGUAUGACAUGUACCCAGGUCUGUGUGUCAUUUAUGCUCUUCAUAGAAGCGUUUGACACCAAUGGUAGGUGAGAUCCACAACUCUCUUGUUCCAAGUUCAGAUGUUCUUGAUCUCUCUUCUUGAUUAUGUACUUUGACUUGAAUCCUCACUUCCUCUCUUUGAAUAGAACAGUUGCAUUAAUGGAUCAGGGCUUCCCUGCUCCCCAGUUCCCACUAUAGCGCCCCACAUUCCUUGGAAAUCCAUUCCUGUGGAACCUUUGGAAAUGGUGUGUGAUAUGCUGUUUGGAAGGGAAAUCCAGUAGAAAUCACCACCCCUUGUGCAAAUGGAAAAGCAACUUAGAAUCCAAGCCAUUGUGUUGGGGGAAGAGAAUGGUGAAUAAAAUUUAUAUUAAAAAAUACUUUAAAGUAGUAGAAGAACCAGGUCCAUUAAUGACACAAAUCCCUGCCCUUACUUCUGUAUGGCAAAUGGUCUGUUGUCAUGGCAUUGUUUCAGAAGUAUAAAAUAAGAGCAAAUAUUUGUCAUUGGUAAUCAUCACAGGUUUCUCCAGUCUGUAAUAAAAGUUAAAAAUGUAAUGUGUCCCCCAUUAUUGAAUGUUAUGAGUGCUGGUGUUUCUACAUUUCCCCCCACAAUCUAUAUAAAUAAAAAUGUAAAUGUUCGUUUGUUCAAAAUCUUAAAUUUCCGAAAGUUCUUCACCGAUUGUUUUGAAAUUUUGACACAACGUUGCAUUCGAAUACACACGUGUUUUUAUAUUAUUUU